CGCGCAUAUAUAUCAAUUAUCAAACGAGAGAAAUUGAGGUAAUUAAGUUGUGAAAUGAAACAUACAUAUAUGAUAUAUGUUUGCAUUGCAUGUUGAAACAUUAAUGAAUAGUAUUUGGUAGAUAAGAGAAGAGAUCGAGAGAAGUGGAGUAGAAAUGAAGAUGAGUAGAGAGAGUUUGCGGUUAGUGUUUGAGAAGGCGAAACCCUUUCUAGCAGUGGUGUUUCUGCAAGCGGGGCUGGCCGGCAUGGACAUCAUCUCCAAGGCUGCCUUGAACGAGGGGAUGAGCAACUACGUCUUCAUCGUCUACCGCCACGUCGUCGCCACCCUCGUCAUCACCCCUUUCGCCUUCGUCCUAGACAAGAAAGUAAGGCCUAAAAUGACCACCUCUACAUUCCUCAAGAUUAUGCUAAUGGCUCUUUUGGAGCCAGUUAUAGACCAGAAUCUCUACUUCCUGGGGAUGAAGUACACAACAGCAACUUUUGCAGCAGCAAUGGCUAACGUUCUUCCCGCGAUUACAUUCGUGAUGGCGUGGUGCUUCAGGCUUGAGAAGGUAAAGUUGAUGAGUGUCCGGAGCCAAGCAAAGAUAAUAGGCACAAUUGCGACAAUUGCAGGGGCCAUGAUCAUGACUUUAGUAACGGGGCCGAAUCUGGAGCUGCCAUGGACCAGACCAGCCGCGGGCCCCACGCACACCAUUCAUCAUCAACAACACACCAUCAAGGGCGCCCUCAUGAUUACUGUCGGAUGCUUCAGCUGGGCCGCUUUCAUGAUCCUGCAGGCCGUCACGCUGCGUACGUAUCCCGCCGAACUGUCCCUCACUGCAUGGAUCUGCUUGUUGGGAACCGCAGAGGGGGCAGCUCUCGCGCUUGUGGUCGAGAAGGGAAAUGCUGCAGCUUGGUCCAUCAAAUGGAACACUAGCUCUCUUGCAGCUGUCUACAGUGGUAUAUUCUGUUCGGGCAUUGCAUAUUAUGUGCAAGGGGUGGUGAUGAAAGAAAGAGGCCCUGUUUUCGUGACUGCAUUCAGUCCGCUCAGCAUGAUUAUCGUUGCUAUCAUGAGCUCUUUCAUUCUUGCUGAGCAAAUGUUUUUGGGAAGGGUUGUUGGUGCGGGUGUGAUCGUGAUGGGGCUUUACUUUGUGGUGUGGGGCAAACAGAAAGACUACAAAUCCCCUUCGAUGGAAGUAGAAGAGAUUCCGGUAAAGCAAAGUGAUUCGGAUUCCUCUAAGUUGGAGGUGGCGGUUACUAAUAGUAGUAGUGAGAGAUUAGUGUAAAGGAAUUUUGUUGUAUAUUCACUACUUCUAAUAUUUUUCUCCCUCACUGCAAAAUUAACCGUCAUUGGGCUGAGCUUCCAUGUAAACGCUUCCAUUUGCAAAUGUACGGCUGCCUUAGAAACAGAAAUGGGCUACAUGCGGCCCAACUUAUUUGUCCUGCUUAAUACUAUCCUUUUCAAAUUGGGCCCAACUUAUUAGGCCUAGAAAUGCGAAAUAAAAAUAAAGUGAGCCUUUG